CUGGCUGUGGAGCUAGAGGCUCUUCUGAAGGGUGUCCCCUGGUAAGUGCGCAGUUUUCCUCUCGCUUCUGCCUUCAUCUGAGCGCAUUUCUCUCACGGUUCCCCGGCACUCUUAUCGCAACGUAUUUAUUUCCUUAUUUCCGAUCAAACAACAAUCCAAUCUGACACAACAGCUCUGCGCGGUGUCCAAACCCCUUCCCCGCAGGUGUGAGACCACUUAGUGGAAAGGCUGCGUGGACAGACGUUCCAAAUCCACGCGAAACUCAGAGGUCUGGCUGGCCGCUCGGCGUGCAAGACCCCCCUCCUCCUCCUCACCCCCCUAAUUCGGCUCGCCUGUUAGCCUCCCAGUCUCUGAACAGAUGCGCAACAUCUCCAGCCCGACAGCCCCGGGAGAAGCAGCAUCACUGUCCAGACCGAGAGCAAGUCCAACUCGCCGCCGCUGGAUACCCGCGCUCGGCGUGGAGGACGAGACAAGCCGGUGAGCGCAGUGCAGCCCCCGAUGAUGCCCAGCCCUCUGGAAAAAGCAGUGGCCCAGAAGAAGGAGGCCAUCGAGGCGGUGAUGGAGAUGUUCGAGAGGGGGGCCGAAGUCUUGGCCAGCGCCGUGGGGGAGCUCUUCCCCCUGUGCGAGGCGGCCGCCCCCGUCCUCCGGCUGGCCCUGGACAACGUGCAGAGCAAGGAGGUCUUCUACGUGAAGGAGCAGUUCCAGGCGGUGCGCAACAAGCUGGACGUCAUCUCGGAGGAGCUGGAGGACAUCGACCGGGAGAUCAGGAAGAGCCUGGUGGACACCCAGUACUUCUCCGUGGAGGAGAACCUGCGGAACCAGUUCCGCAAGUACAUGGACAUCCUGAACGCCAAGCCGGAGUUCCAGGAGGUCAAGAAGAAGCUCUUCCUGGAGCACUUCAGCAGGACGGGGGGCGACAAGAACCUCCACGUGCUCUACGACGCCGUGAUGGGCUGCAGCACCUUCGGGGAGUCCGUCCUGGAGGUGGUGCUGAGAUACGAGGCGAGGAACCGGCGGCUGCUGGAAGACUUCUGCGUCCGCCUGAAGGAGCUCUUCUGCCUGGGGCUGAUCGCCCUGCUGGGCCACUCGGCCCUCUCCCUGGGGGAGGACGAGGAAGAGGAGCUGAUCCGCGAGUGGGGGGGGAAGACGCUGGAGGUGGAGAGGAGGAUGAAGGCGGCCGUCGACGAGUGCGUGGCGGCCUUCCCGGAGCAGGCCCGGCUGGACGCGGAGCGCCUGGUCAAGGAGGACGAGGGGCGGGGCCACGAGGGGGUGGCCAGGGCCCUCCGGGACUUCCUGGCCAGGAAGUACGACUGGGUGAAGUGGUCGGUGAGGGUGUUCAAGCGCUCCGGCGGCGGCUUCCGCGCCUGGCGGGCGGGCGAGAACUUCCACUGCGUGGCGGGCGGCAACUGGUUCGACCUGACGCAGGCGAGCGACACCGACGUGGUGGUGUCCUACAGCGGCCAGCCCCGCGCCGUGCCCACGGAGGGCAUCCGGCGGGCGAUGGAGGGGCCGUGCCGCAGGGGCGACGCCAGGGCGGUGGCAGAGGCCAUCGCUCAGGAGACCCCCGGCUACGUCGUUCACGCGAUCAGCCGCCACAAGGAGACCUGGGCCUCCUGGAGCUUCCCGGACGACUGCCACUACUGGGAGAAGCACAGGAACGUCUUCCUGUGCGUCCAUUCGGAAUAACUGUGCGUUCACAAGCCAGGGCGCCGCGGUGAACGUGAUGUUGUCGUUGCCCUGCGUUUUGCUCUCUGCUCGUCUAGAUGAUCUCUCUUCCAAGAUCGAAGACGUUCUGCAAAAAAAAAAAAGAGUAGAAGCCAGUGUCACAGAUCACCCAGAAGGAGAUGGCCGGCUCUGGGCUCUGGGCUCUGGUGUUGAACGGGCAGAAACCAGCUGUUGCAGGUUAUGAAACAUCAACACACGACCGGUGCAGUCCUCACACUUGUAUUGCCGUAAUACAUCGUUGGUCCUGAUCGCUAUCGAUAAUGACAUGUCUCACUUGUAAUGAUUCCUUGGUCCAUCAUUAACGAAGGAGAUGCUUGAUGAUGGACAUGUUAAAAAUGUCGAGACCUCAGGGAUGGAGGAGUUUGACAGAGCCUCUAGUCGAGCAGCCUCUCCUUCAGCCAUUCAUUUCUCAAGGGUUUGGAAAAAGUAAAAUCGCUGUACCAUUGGUUACGAAAACAAUUUUCUCAGUUAAUUAAUUUAGAGAACACUUGUAUUUCACUAAUACCCCAUUGCACCCUCAAUAACCCAGCAGCUCUAAAGGAGUUUUAGAUGUGCUUCAUAUUAUUACAACGUGAUCAUACAGGCAGCCUAUAAACCUGCAGGAUUGUGGACCACAGCUGGCCACCUGUAAUUCAUACUAGUCAGGAAGUUGGAGAACUUGCAUGCAUAGAACACAGGACAGGCAGAAGACAGCAAACCGCCUUAUGUCUAUCUUUCUUGUCAUUAGUACGAUACUGAAUUCUCAUUUAUCUGCUCCUUAAUGGAUAAUGAGGAUUGCUGCCCAUUACGAUCCAGAAGGACCCUAUGCAGAAUCCUUAGAACUCGAAAGUAAAAGUAGAAGUUUAUCCAGAAACGUGGGUCAGUGUCACACCCUCUGCAGCCAGAGGGCGCUCCUUCUUCUGUCCUGUCCCUAGUUUCCUGUUCUUUGCUCU